UCAUAUGAGAUUCUCCAAAACCGGUCAACCGUCUCUCCCGAUAACGCUGUCACCUUCUCAGCUGAUGUCGUUACCAAAAUAGAGACAGAGAUAGAGAGAAAGAAAGAAGGGAAAAAAAAGAAAAAAGACAAGAAUACCCCUACAGCAGUCCUGGCCUGGCCUGGCCUGGCUUCUUCAGGUCAUCUGAAUCUCCAUGACUCAGUUGUGCCGGAAACUCGUCCCUGUCAACGUGAAAUGGCGAGUACUUGGCCAAGUCGCCUUCCUCCGCCGAUUCAUACGGUUCUUGUGGGACCGAAUUCUGGCAUGUUCGACCGGAAAACCGCCUCGGUAUCGCCGGCUUUCUCGCUGCGUCUCGUCUCCCCUGUUACCUCCUUCGCCGACGAUGCUGAAUGAGUCCGACGUGGGGCCCACUGACUCGGCAUCGAUGUGUGGAGACUUUGAUGGCGAUUCGGAUUUGGUGGUUUUGAAGAUCAGUCUUUUGGGUGAUUGUCAAAUUGGAAAAACAAGCUUCAUGAUUAAGUAUGUAGGGGAUGAAGGAGAACAAAGAUCACUUCAAUUAUCAGGAUUGAAUCUGAUGGGCAAAACAUUGAUAAUUAAAGGCGCGCGGAUUGGUUUUAGUAUUUGGGAUGUUGGAGGUGAUCAUCGAUGUCUUGAUCAUGUUCCAAUCGCUUGUAAAGAUGCGGCCGCGAUUUUGAUCAUGUUCGAUCUUACCAGUCGAUGCACACUAAAUAGUGUCAUUGGCUGGUAUCAGCAAGCAAGGAAAUGGAAUCAGACGGCUAUCCCUGUUCUGAUCGGAACCAAAUUCGAUGAUUUCGCCCAACUUCCUCUAGACAUUCAGUGGGCCAUCGUGAGUCAGGCACGAGCAUAUGCCCGAGCGAUGAAAGCGACCCUAUUUUUCUCGAGUGCGACCCACAACAUAAAUGUGAAUAAGAUAUUCAAGUUCAUCACAGCCAAGUUCUUUAACCUCCCGUGGACCGUUGAAAGAAAUCUGACCGUUGGAGAGCCCAUCAUCGACUUCUAGUAUCAGAUUUUCUGCCCCAUCAGCCGCACGAUCUGUACAUACUAUAAAGGCCCACGUCGCUGACCGCAGUUGGGGAAGUCAGGAUUGAAGUUUGUUUUUUUUUUUUGAACGGUUGUGAUAGCCUUAGCUGUGUCCAUCUCUUUUAGAUCUGGAGGAAAUUACCAAAAUUGAGCUGAUCUUGGGCUUCUUUUUUUUUCUUUUUUCUUUUUUCCUUAACAAAUGUAACAAAAUUCCCACAUAUAAAGGUUACAAAAGAUCACACGCCUUCUUUCUCUCUCAAUUUUAAAUUUCCACGUGUUUGGACGCAUUAGAUUUUAUAAUUAUUUUAUAAGAUAUAUGAUUAAGGCAUUUUUAUUUUAUA